AUGGUACGUAGCGGACACAAAGCUUCAGGACCUCUUCUAGAUGUGUUGCACCCUCACGGCCAGCAGAUAGGGAAUGCCAUCUCCAAGCAGAGGAUGACCCACUGGAUAGUGAAUGUCAUCACCCUGGCUUAUCAGGCACAGGGUGUGCCCUGCCCACUCAGUCUAGGAGAAUGGAGGCCAUUUUUGUUUCUCCCUUUCUUUCUGAUGUUUUUAUUGGCUAUCACAGCAAAUUCUAUUCUUCUAUAUCUUAUCAAAUCUCAAAAGUCUCUGCAUUCUCCUAUGUAUGUACUAAUAGGUGUUAUGGCUGUGUUAGACUUGAUAAUGCCUAUGUUUUUUGUACCUAACAUGCUUCUUAGCCUUUUAUUCAGUUUGAGUGAGAUAUCUCUGACAGGUUGCUUGAUACAAAUGUUUGGUCUUCAUUUUAUUGGAACAUUUCAAUCUACUUUGCUUUUUUGGAUGGCACUGGAUCGUUAUUUUGCAAUAUGCAGACCCCUUCAUUAUCAUAAAUGCAUGGAAAUCCCAAACUUUCUGAAGUUUUUUGUUUUUGCACCAGCAAUAAGAAAUGGACUCCUGAUGGUCACUAUGGUUUCUCUAGCUGGAAGACUGUCAUUUUGUUUAACAAAUGUGAUUGAUCACUGUUUUUGUGAGCAUAUGGCAUUGGUUCAGUUAGCAUGUGGAGAUAUAUCUAUUAAUAAUAUUGUAGGACUUUUGCAGCUCUAA